AUGGAGAGCAGCAUGAAGGAGGUGGUGGUGGUGGAAGAGCCACUGGACCCCGAGAAUUGCGGUUGCCUCAAGCGGUCCCUCUGCUGCUUGCCCCGUUUGCUCUGCUACUUGCCCCGCAAGCUCCUCAGCUGCUGCCACCUCAAGUGCCUCCUCAUCACGGUGGUGGUGGUGGUCCUGCUGGUGGUCAUCAUCGCCGGCAUCCUGCUGAUGUGGCUGCGGGUCGACCAACAACACGCCGACGCCGUCCUGAGGAUGGGCUUGCAGAGAGGAUGGGCUUGGGAAGAGGAUGUGGCCACCUUCUACCUGGAUGGUGGAGAUGGAAACCCGGCCACGGUCAUCUACGACUACAAGAAUCUCCUGGUGAGCUUCAGAUCCCAUCUCCACCGUGCCUGCUACGUCACCCGGGUGGACAAGGACAAUAUCCCUGGGCUGGAUGCCAUCGCCGAGACCUUCCAGCGCCGGCUGGCUGAGAAGAAACUGGCCGUGCCCCUGGCUGAUCGCUCCCUCCUGGGUACCACAGCGAGCAUCCUCUGCAGCAUCAUCCCCAUCUACCAAAAAGCCCCCCCCCCCAUGGGCAGGGGGCUGCCCCUGGUUGAAGGAAAGAAAGAGGAUGAGGAGGAGGAAGGGUUCACCUUCCUCUUCAGGGCCUUACCGGGUGUGGAGGGGCUGGGGAGAGCCCCGUGGGGGCCCCGAUAG